GCCUGCGCGAGCGCCGGGACUCGGGGCUCCUCCUCACGCGCCUGCGCGAGCGCCGGGACCCGGGGGGCUGUUCCUCCACGCGCCUGCGCGAGCGCCGGGACCCGCGGGCGCGCCCGCGAACCGCGGAGCCGCUCUCUCCCGCUCUGCAGAGGCUGGCGGAGCCGAGUCCUGGAGGGCUCUGCCCAAGGUUUCUGGAGGUUGACACUUUGACUUUGGAAGCUGGAUGAUUCUUUGUUGGGGGCGGGGGGGCUGUUUUGUGCAUUGUGGAUUAUUUGGCAGCAUCCCUGGCCUCUUCCACAAGAUGCCAGCAACACCCCUCCCCCACCCACUCACCCUAAUUAUGACAAUCCGGAUGCCUUCAGACAUCGCCACAUUUCUCCUGGGGUGGGCGUGGGGAGGGAGAUCCGUUGAGAACCUCCUAUCGGAGCCUUGGAGGAAGCCGGUCGCUCUUCUCCCAGGAUCCCCCCAAGAAUGUUGGCGCGGUGUUUGUUACUUUGUUCCCGGAUUCUAUCUUUUCAAGUGAUUUUGCAUUAUGGCAGUCAAAUAAGAGCAAAAGUGUUUCCAGAAACUGUGGACUUUCAACCUACAACAGCAGCAACAGUACGGGCCACAGCAAAACCUUUCCUGCAUCUAACUAACCAAGUACCUAGCCAAACUUUAGCAGCAAGAUCAAUGGAUGGUCAUAUCGCCUCUCAAAGAGCUGCCACAACCUCCAGCUCUGAGCCCCCAACCACACACACAACAGUAAAAACUCUAGUAACAACUUCCUUGGUAACUGCAAACAGCACCCCAUCUAGCAGCCCAAUAAUCUACACCCUAGUCACUACCAUCGUCACACCCAAUAACUCAAACACAGCUGCUCCAGUCACUGAGGCUACAAUUGGCCCCAGUGCAGACCCAGGUUCACUGCCAACCACCAGCACUCCAUUGGCCCAUACAACAAGAACCAACCCCUCAACUCUCAGCCACAAAACUAGGAAAACCACCCAUUUUGGUAACCAGACCACCCUUCCAGCAACUUUGUCCACCUCAACACAUAACAGCACAUCCAGUCACAAGUCUGCUCAAUCCACUCAUGCCCCGGGACCAACCACAGCAGCACACAACACCACCCAAACGGCCUCACCUGCCACCCCAGCUUCUGGGCCCACUCUUGCACCUCGGCCUUCAUCACCCAAGACUGGAAUUUAUCAAGUUCUAAAUGGAAGCAGGCUCUGCAUCAAAGCAGAGAUGGGGAUAGAGCUUAUGGUUCAAGACACAGAGUCGGUUUUUUCACCUCAGAGAUACUUCAACAUCGACCCCAAUGCAACCCAAACUUCUGGGAACUGUGGCUCCCAAAAAUCCAACCUCCUUUUGAAUUUCCAGGGUGGAUUUGUGAAUCUCACAUUUUUUAAGGAUGAAAACUCAUAUUAUAUCAGUGAAGUGGGAGCCUAUUUGACGGUCUCAAAUCCAGAGAAAAUCUACCAAGGAAUGAAAAGCUCUGUGGUGAUGUUCGAGACUGGGGUUGGGCAUUCCUUCAAAUGUGUGAGCGAACAGAGCAUCCAGCUGUCAACCCACCUUCAAAUGAAAACAAUGAAUGUCCAAUUUCAAGCCUUUGAUUUCGAAGAUGACCACUUUGGUAAUGUGGACGAGUGUUCAUCUGACUACACAGUUGUGCUACCUGUGAUUGGGGCCAUUGUACUUGGUCUCUGUGCUGUGGGUUUGAUUGUUUAUGGAAUCCACCUAAGACGCGAAUCAUCUGGAUACCAGAGAAUCUAAUUGGUGCCCUGGGGAAAAGAAAAUAAUGGAGUUUAGAGAAUUCUUUCAUCGGUUCCAGGAUAUUGGGUACUUCCCUCACCAUCAUUAGUCCUUCUAACAAUGUAAACCACCAUCUUUCACAAAACCCAUUUCUGAUUUAAGCACCAAAUCAAUUUCUGCAUAUUUUUUCUGCAUAUUUUUUGUUCACUUUAUGAAAGAUCUAGUGAGUUGCUUCAGAGUAUUUUCCAAUUUGCUUCAAAAUAUUUUAGCCAUUCUAAGUCAACAUAUGAGAUAUGUUAAAUUAACGUAAAGUAUGCAAAGUAGUAUAUGCUUCCAAAUUAUAAACCACAAUGUUAAUUGUAAUAAAUGCUACCCAUGCACAUUGGGGAUUUUACUUUACCUUUCAUCUUUCCCAUUAUAAAACUGCCUCUGCUUUAUCUAUAAAAUGGACUUCUAAUGCUUUUACUAUCCAUGUUUCAUAUGAUAUACAUAUGUCUGAUGAUCUACCUGCCUCCUUUUCCACUUUUUUUUAAAAAGCC